ACUACAUAUUUUGUAUGAAACUAUUAUUUUAUAUUACUUUUUAACCUUUUUGGGAGUGGAUUCUCUGUAUUAGAUUCCUAUGUUUAGAUAUUGAUUGCGAUUCCUCAGCAUUAUAUUUUUGUUUUCCUCAGCAUUAUAUUCUGGUAGCUGAUGACUAUAGCCUCCAACAGUACUUAAAGGAAAUUCAAUAUAUAGAUACAUAAUCAACAUGGAUGAGUGUUUUCGAUCGUUUUCAAGUUAAACCAUUUUUAAAUCGAAAGCAAAUUGCCAAAUGCAAUUAGAAUUAGUUGCGAAAGCAAACCCAUGUUUUAGUAGAAUCAAGUUCCACUCGACUUCACUUGCUUAAGAGGUAAAUCUUGUAUUUGAUUCGCUGUUAAAUCAUCUUUUUCAAGAACUUAUGCUUCAUUAUCGGUGGAAAGCAAAGGAAAAUAACAAAAUACAACCCUAAUCAGAAAUGAUAUAUUCAUCCACCGAAAUAUGAUUCAUUAUAUCUAUUGAUUUCUUAGUAACUAUCGCCUUAGAAACGUAUUCAUAUUGUUUACUUUCCUAAAAUAAACACACAAAGUUAACAGACCUACAGUUACUGUCGCGCUGCGAACUGCUUUAACACAACAGUACACCAUCCACAAUGAAGCACAUCACACAGCUCGAAAACUUUGUGCAUCCGCCCUUAGAAGCAAAUGCCUUGCGGAAGUCACUACUGUCUGCGGUUUACACCGAAACAAUUAGGAAGCUAAGUAUUUACCAACGUAGCCAGCGAAUAAACGCCAGAUACUGUGCGCCCAAAAAGGAAAGUACACCGAAGUACGAACCGAGCGCACGACGGAGUUCCAGAAAAGGAACUAGUCACACCCUCGAUGGCGCUGAAGCUGUGCUCAACGAAAAAAUGUUAAAUGAAAUAAGGUUGGAUCAAGAGCUGACUUUGCUGCAAAAAAUUUACGGUACAGCGCUGGCAGAACUCGAGCUCGACACUACCGAUGUUACAGAGGACCCUGUACGAACACACGACCAGUUGUACAGCGUAAUCGAAGCACAAAAGCCAGAUAAAAAUGAAGUAGAGCAGGCGUUAGACCAGUUGAAUGCAAACAAAGAAGCACUCAAAGCGCUCAAAAUACAAUUAGCCGAGGAGCAGCAAGCGGCUAAAACACGCAUAGCGGAACAGGACGACUGCAUUGCUACACUACGUCACAAUCUACGUAACGUACGUCUACUUAACGAAUUGGAGUUGCGUUUGGUGCAACGCUGGGAGGAGAAUCGCUACACGCAGGCGAGUAUUGUCGGCGCUAAUGAGGAACGCACAUUACAACAACAAAUCGCUGACUUAUGUCGACGUAUUGACGGUGAGGAGCGCAUCAUUGUGCAAGUGGACAAGUUCAGUGUGAAGCAAUUUGCUGAGUUGAAUGCGCAAAUCGCCGCUUGGCAGCAGAAGUACGCGCGUGUAAUGGAGAUCAAGUGCGCGGAGACACAGGCGAAAGAGCGUCAAAUACUGAAGCUGCAAAAGUCACUGGAACGCCAUCGAGAAACGUAUGCCGAAAGGCAGAAAUUCGUUCGCGAUUACUUGGCUGAGAAGGAGGAGGAGCGGCAGUUGUAUGAACAGCAGAUCCACCGUGUGGAAUGCGCAGUUCGGAUUCAGGCUUGGUGGCGUGGCCUAAUGGUACGCCGCGGUCUCGGACCAUUCAAGAAGAAGAGCAAAAAGGGCAAGAGAGGAAAGAGUAAAGCGAAAUGAGUGAAACUAUUCACCCAACCCUUGCUUGGAACAGACAUAUAUGUAUACGUAUAUUUAUAUUUCAAAUAAAAUUAAUUAAAAAAAAAUUGUGAAAAGUUAAUUUACGUGGAUUUGAUCUGCGAAUCAAGUUCUAUCGGGUGAUCCAAGUAGAUGUACUUUUUCAAUAGUAUUUUUUUGACGGAUCACGCGUAUACGACUCGCUUAACUUAUGAUCAAUAUAAUCAUCCUACUGAGCGUACUAUUCGCAACACUAUCACCCAUCUUCAGACCCAGUAUUAAUUAUAGGAUAAUAUUCGACCAAAUAGACCACGUCCAGCAUGCAGUGCAGAAAAUGUAGCAGCCGUAGCUGAGAAUGUACCUGAAGAGAGUCUAUUCGGCGUCGUUCGCAGCUGCUCGGACUGACGUAUGGAACGACUUGGCGCAUUUUACGUCGAGAUCUUAAAUUGAAAGCGCACACAACACAGCUUUAAAAACUGAAGACACUCGACCUUCCCAAGCGACAGCGCUUCGCUCCAUGGGCUCAUGAACGUUCAUGCGAUGUUUUCGACCCAAAUUCUGCUCAGCGAUGAACAAAGUUCGGGCUUAAUGAGUAUGUAAGCAAGAAAAAUUCCCCCAUUUCGGCCAAAGAGCAACCUGAAGAGAUUCAAGAGCUACCAUUUCAUCCAAAAAAGAAGGGUUGGUGUGGUUUGCGGACUGGAAAUGCUCGAACGAGUCUCCGAAAAUUGGAACGGAUGGACUACCUGAGACGAAGCCGCGGUCAAUUGAAAGAGAUAAUCUUCAAAAAAUAAAUGGCAAAGAAUGUUCUUUCGAAUGAUAAUAAACAUUUCCAGCUAAAUUUGAGUUUUCUGUGUUUUUUCUUUAAGAAAGAAAUCCUCGAAAUGGAGUACCCUUUAUAUGUGUUUUAUGAGCUAUAUUCUUAUUAUUAGCUCAGCACAUAUCUCCUUCCGGUGUUUUACUCUUUAUUCAAAGCUUUAUAAAAAGUGGUACAGUGAUCGGAUUUAUUUCAAACAUGCGACGUUUCGUUCGAUAAUUUGUUUCCAUCUAGACGGCAACUUCAUAAUACCCACUGGUAGAAUCCCCCUCCUUAUUUUCGAAGAAUUCGCGCAGCCAAUUUUCACAAGCCUCUUUUGUGUUCAACUUUACACCGCCAAGGGCGUUUGCCAUGCUCAGGAACAGGUGGUAAUCACGUGGCACUAUGUCCGGGCUAUAUGGUGGAUGCGAUAAAACCUCACAUCCGAGCUCCCGUAGCUUCUAACGAGUCAACAACGAAGUGGGUGGUCUGACGUUAUCCUGGUGGAACACUACAUCCAAUGUUGGCCAAUUCUGGACGCUUGUGGUCGAUCGCCUGCUUCAAGAGGUCCAGUUGUUCGGAGUAGAUGGUAGAUGGCAGCUCAUUAUCCAUGGUGUCGUUUUCACCCGCUCUGAAUCGUCCAUUCCUUCGCAGUUUGAAGUGAUAGAGUACCAUCCCCCAAAACGCCAUUAAUCUCACGGAAGGUAUCUCUUGCGGAUUUGCCUUCAACGA